UGCCAUCGUACCAACGACACCUGUUCAACCUUGCCGCUAUAACACCCACAUGCGCCCUACGAGCUCGUCAGAACGCCCGUAGAACCCUCGCGCCGCUCUGCAAUGAUCUACACCACGCAGAUCGUGAGGCUCGACGGCCUCACGCUCGUGGCCUCUGUGGACGACUCCCAGAUCCAGGAAGUCACAGAGCUCAAGCAGAACAUCCGACAGGUCAUCAAAAAGCUCACGCCCUCCUCCGAACCUCGCGCGUCCAUCGAGAGCUCGAAGUACACCAUUCACUACGUCCUGAACGAUGCGGUGGCAUACCUUGCCAUCACUGAGCGCUCUUACCCAAAGAAACUCGCCCUAACAUACCUUGAGGACAUCCGCGCAGAGUUCCAGACCUCGUACAAGCGCGACGAGAUCCACGAUCCGCAACUCCGGCCGUACCAGUACUCCGAAUUCGACCGCUUCAUUGAACGCUCGAAGAAGACCUACCAGGAUUCGCGGGCGACGGACAACCUCAGCAGGCUGAACGACGAGCUGAAAGAUGUCACACAGGUCAUGACCAAGAACAUUGAGGAUUUGCUAUACCGAGGAGACUCGCUGGAGAAAAUGGGCGAUAUGUCGUCCCGGCUCCGAGACGACUCUCUCAAGUAUAAGCGGGCCGCUGUCCGGAUCAACUGGGAACUGCUGCUCAAACAAUACGGCCCCUUCGCUGGGCUAGGACUUCUCAUUUUGCUUCUUCUCAUUUGGCGCUUUUGGUAAAAGUAUACUCCCAGCUUGAGAUUGUUUUCUCGAUCAGAAUUUAGGCAUCGCGUGGCGUUCAGGAUAAAAGCAGCCCGGCAUAGACACCUGGAAAAUUUGCAUGAUACCCGAGAGCGUACAGCAUAGCUCUUCGAACAGCACAAGAGGCCUUUGGAGUCUGCAUUGCCUCUCCGCUUGCU